AAGAGCACCAGUUUCCGUAUCUUAUGGAAGACGAAGGUUAGCUAGCUAGCUGGCUAGAUAUCUGGAUUCUUGUGUGCUGACAUUGAAGCAAAGAAACUAUCGUUUGUUGCGUUUACUUUUUGUUGGAUUAAAAAGGAUCACCAUGGUGACGGCAAAGCGUCUGGCUGAUAUCGGUUACCGCGCUUUUUCCGCCUCAAUGAUGCUGCUGACGGCAUACGSAGGCUACCUGUGUACGAUGCGAGGAAUGCGGUACUGGGAGAAGCAGAAACAGCUGAAACUGGCUGCAAAGAACCAGGACCCUGAAAUUAUGAAAGACUGACGUUUCCCAUUCCUCUACGCCAGUGGUGUCAAACUCAUUUUUAUUUUGGGCCAAAUCAAAAAUCUGAAUGUUCUUAAAGGGCCGGUUGCACCAGAA